AUGGCCGCUGAAUUGGGCUUUGAAUCACACAGUGCUCGGAAACUACUAGCUCCACUCCCUGCAUCCCUGGAUAAGGAAUACCAGUCCCGUCACUCCCAGAUUCAAGUUCUAUUCUCCUCGAUUGCACCUGACCUCCAAGACCUCAACGCCCAUCGUUACGCUAGACAAAUUUCGGGUGGGAUCCAAGAGUACAUUGAAGCUCUCUCAUUCCAUCAUUAUCUCCUCACCGGAUCCCUCAUCCCUCUCGCUUCCGUGCGUGACAGUGUCCGUAAUCUCAUAGAAAUUACACCAGCAGACUACAUCCUUGGGAUCUUUGACCUGGUUGGCGAGAUUAUGCGCUUUGGGAUUACAAUGAUUGCCACGCGUGGUGAUGUUUCGAAACUACUACGCGACAUACGGGAGCUAAGGAUGCAGUUCGAAGCUUUAGAUACCUCUGUAGGAGGAGGAGGAGGUUUGUUGGGUAAGGAGGUUUCUAAGAAGAUGGGCGUCAUGCAAACAUGUGUCGAGAAGGUCGAGACGGCAGUUUGUGGAUUUAUCGUUAGAGGAAGUGAAAGGCCAAAAGGCUGGGUUCCAGAGUUGACAACAGAGAGGGCGGUUGGCAGGGGAAGAGGAGGUAAUUUUGAUGAAGAUGAGGAAACGUGA